CGAUUCCAUUCUCAUCGUGAAGUGUGUGAUUUAGGUCCAAUCCAGAAUAGCGUCGUAACCAUAGCUUUAUAAUUCAAUAUGUCUCUCUUGCGUAGCUACCAGAACUAAUUGGCCUCUAAACCUCCAGUCACUCUACAAGCACCGCUACAAUGUCUAAGCCAACACACCUCGAGCCGUCCGAGCUCGGCACCAAGGAAUACUGGGACAACCUCUACACAACCGAAAUCUCCAACCACGCGCACAACCCCGCCGACACCGGCACCGUCUGGUUCGACGACUCGGACGCCGAAGCCAAAGUCAUCGACUUCCUCUCCGACCCCGAUCCCGAGCUCGAGCUACACCUCUCCCCAGAAUCCACCUCCUUCCUCGACCUCGGCACCGGCAACGGGUCUCUCCUCUUCGGCCUGCGCGACGCCGCGUGGCAAGGGCGCAUGCUAGGCGUAGACUACUCGCGGCAGAGCGUCGAGUUCGCGCGGCGCAUCGCCGAGUCGCGGUCGCAACAAGGCCCGGACGCUGCUGGGAGCGAAGAGCCGGUCGAGUUCCGCGAGCACGACAUCCUUCGAACGCCGGCUUCUGCGCUCUUGGCUGACGCGCAGCAACCGCGAGGCUGGGACGUCGUACUAGAUAAGGGAACCUUCGAUGCGAUAUCCCUAUCGUCCGAGACGGACCCUGCGAGCGGACGACGUAUCAGCGAAUCGUAUAGGGCGCGGGUUGCGCCUCUUAUACGCGAUGGGGGCUUGUUCCUCGUUACGAGCUGCAACUGGACCGAAGAGGAACUGAAGAGCUGGUUCGAGGGCGUUAGAAAGGAUGGGGAGGACGACGGCGACGCGAGAGGAUGGCGGUUUGACCUAGUCGGCAGGGUCGAGUACCCCAGCUUUAGUUUUGGGGGCGUAAAGGGGCAGACCAUUAGUACUUUAUGCUUCAAGAAAGUCAGGGAUACUUGAAAUUAACACGGGCGGUACAAAUAUAGACGUAGGAGUGCAUUAACCUAGGAAAGAUACCCCGGUAGAGUACAAUUAGAAGGAUGGAACAGCAUCACUGCGAAC